UAUUCCCAAGUGUCUUAAAUAAAUAUAAGAUUCAAAAUGGACAAUGAUGAAAAUGAGGAGAUUUCUCUAUGAACCACACCUAUAAUGCUCUUGCCAAGGGAGAAAUCACCGACAAGAAAUCUCCAGCUUUUCCCGACCAAAACUCGGACUCGAAAUGACUACUCAAGAAAGAAGACUAAUUCAAUAGCUGAUAUAAAGCUGCAGCAUCUGGGAUUCUAUAAGAUGACUCCCAGCUGCUCGCAAGCGAGCAGCGAGGAGUUCGAUACCAGGCUAAGCAAGGACAUCAACCAUGAUAAAGGUGAAAUCUUGAAGUAAUGUUACUUCAAGUUCUCCUUCAAUUUUUGAAAUCAGAAGACUGACAGGGAAGAACGAACAGAUUAAGAACAUCCUUAAUCAUUCGUCAUCUUCGAUGACGAUGCUUCAGAAUCAAAAUCUGAACGAAAUGAGGUCCUCUUCUCGAUCUCGUUCACCAGAAAAAUUUCAGAAAGAGUUCAGGCAGAAGCCUGAACAAUUUGGAAAUCCUAGUAUUAAGGUAAAACGACGGAUUGGUAAAAUCCUUCGUGAGGACUCUAAGUUUGGAACAUUCCUAAACUUGUACCUUAACAAGACUAAAAUUGUAUCAGAUGAGCAUGGGAACCACCUUGAAGCAGGGUCUCCACUUCCUUCCAGUGUACAAAGAAUUCAGCUACAAAGAAAGGCUAAGAAGAAUAAAGGAAAGAGCAGAAAUGAGAAGGUUAAGAGAAAGACAAUUCUUCAAUACUCUACAAACUUUCAAAAUAAGAAGAACAGUGAGAACAUCAAAGUCCUAAACCCAAUGCAUGGGUCAAGUAAAAUCAAGUUAGCAGGGACUAAAUACAGGAACAAAAGGUAUGCUCUUGACCAGAGAAACCUUGAUCUAAACAGAAGUAUGCCAAAAAUGACAAAGAUUUCAAUGAUUCCGAGGAACAUUAUGGUAAAUUCGUUGAUUAACCUCACGAAUUCUCCGAAUUAUACAGAAAAUGAGCCACCGGCUGCAAAGCCGCCAAAGCUUCUUUCAUGUAGUCCUCGGAGACCUCCGAGGAUUUGUAAGAAAGUAUCUAAACUAGCUCUGAAUCAAAGAAGCUCAGCGUCCAAAUCGCCAAUGCCAUUGAAAGGGAUUCCAGAGAUCCCGAAAAUUUCACCGGCUGAGCCGGUGAAAUUUCCUGCUGGAGAAUGCACCACUGUAUACAUUGGCGAAGAGGAGGUCUCUUAUUUCUCAAAAAUACAGAAAAGAUUAUAUAAAAAUGGGUACAAAGCCAAAAAGAUGGCUCAGGAGCCAAAUUGGAUCCAAAAAUGCUAGACUUGUGUACGGUGGGAAAAGAAUCACAGAUAUCAGCGAUAUUGAUUUAUCUGAGGUAUUCAAACCAGUAGGAAUUCAAGAAUUUAUCCAACGUAAAAAGAUGCCUGAGUGGGGUUCUGACAAAGAUAAUAACUUUAACCUCGCCACAUAUUUCAAGAAUCGGUUCAAAAGUGAGCUGAGCUUCAAUAGUCAGGGCCCUUGUACUAAGUCCAUUCCAAAGCAAUUACAAGAAAUAGGCCAAUUUUAUGGUAACA